AUGCAGCCCACCCUGGAGGCCGACGCCCGCCACAAGAUCAUCGAGAGCUUCUUCCCAAACCCAGACGAGUACGCUGCAAUCUACGAAGACCUACACGAGCACCCCGAGCUGCCAUGCCAGGAGGAACGUACCGCCUCCGUGGUCGCGUCCCGCCUCAUAUCCCUGGGCUUCUCCGUCCAGCAGCAGAUCGGCGGCCACGGCGUCGUUGGCCUACUGACCAACGGACCCGGAGCCAACGUUCUCCUGCGCUCGGAGCUCGACGCCCUCCCAAUCAGCGAGGCGACGGGUCUAUCCUACGCAAGCAAAGCCGAGCAGGUGGAUGCUGACGGUGUUAAAAAGGGCGUCAUGCAUGCCUGCGCCCAUGAUAUGCACAUGGCAUGUCUCCUGGGUGCUGCGGAGCUCCUGAAAAGUGCGCGCGCCCUAUGGUCCGGCACACUGAUCAUCAUCUUCCAGCCAAACGAGGAAAGAUUGCUCGGCGCAAAGGCCAUGAUCGAGGACGGCCUAUUCGACAAGAUCCCGCUGCCCAGCGUAUGCUUGGCGCAGCACUGUGUGCCCACCAAGAGCGGCACGGUCGCGGUCAAGUCUGGCCGCGUACUGGGGCUAUUGGACUCGCUGACGGUGCGAGUUUACGGGCGUGGCGCGCACGGGGCUACCCCGCAGCUUGCUAUUGAUCCGAUCGUGCUGGCAGCGAGUAUUCUUACCCGGCUGCAGACGGUUGUGGGGCGCGAGAUGGAUCCCAAGGAGCCUGUUGUUGUUGGUUGUGGGAUGAUUCGUGCGGGGACGGACGCGAGCAUUAUUCCUGAUUUUGCGGAUUUUACUCUUGAUGUGCGUAGCUUUUCGGAGACGGCGCAGAAGAAUGCUAGGGCUGCUGUUGAGAGAAUUAUACACAAGGAGUGUGAGGCUUCUGGGGCGACGAGGGCGCCGCUGAUUAGGGCCGCGGUUAGCAGUCCGGCUAUUGACAAUGACGAGGUCGCUACGGCGAGAUUUACGAGGACGUUGCAGGCUUAUUAUGGUAGUCGAACGGCUGAGGUGGUGCAAGAGAUGCCACCGGACAUUGUUGCGGAUGACUUUGUGCUUCUCGGGUUGCCGCCUGGGAAACAGCCUAUUCCGUAUGUUUACUGGAACAUUGGGGUGGCAGAUCCGGAGACAUGGGACAAGGCAAACCGCGAGGGCAAGCUGUGGGAUUUGCCACCGACGCAUAGUGCCACCUAUGCGCCGGUGAUUGAGCCUACUUUGCGAACAGGAAUUGAGGCAAUGACUCUCUCUGCCCUGACAUUCCUCGAUUUGGAAAUUAAGACAUAG